UACUCUCCCUUUCUUCUCUGGAAGGGCGACCCGGCUUGGUUGAGGUCCCUGAAUGUGCUGCGUUGCGCCCCCGCCUCCCCACCCCUGGUGGCGUGGAAACAGCUCUGAUUGCAUACUCUGCAUACUGUCUCGUCGCGGGCUGCAAGCGCGAGCUGGCUCGCCCGUUUUCGCCCGCUCUCUUUUCUCCCUCUCCCCUCUCCCUUGUAUGUGUCUCUCUUGUAGGACUGGCUAUGGCCACCACUACUUCCGGGUUCCGUCAUUUCAUUCUCCCGCCGAUCAGCGCCGCAAAACUGAGCCUCUUCUAUAAGCCAGCCAGCAGCCAACCUGCCAACACUUACUGACACUCACUCAUCUCAGAGGGAGAGGUGAAGAGGGAGACAAAAUACCUACCGGGAGGGGGGAAAAACAACACGCGCACACACACACACUCACACAACCACGCACAUACACACGCACACAAAAAGAACGGAGGAAAUCCACGUUUUGCAAACUAUUCCAUUUUUCUUCGCAUCCUACCCCACCCUCCCCCUCCCGGUAGUUUUAAAAAAAAAAGAACCUAUAGCUUUCCUGCAAGCAAACCCCAAGCGUGGACUUACUGAGGGAAGAAUUCGAGGUUAAAAGAUUCCUCUUUUCUUCUUCUUCAUCAUCAUCAGCCAUCAUUCAUUCACUACCUUGACAUUCCAGGGCUUUGAUUGACAGCUGGAGUGGCAAAAAGCCAUGAGACACGACAGUUUGGUUACAUGUGGGUUGCUGACGGGCCGAUCGUAACCUUCAGUGUGGGGCUUGACGACUUUUAUUUUUAUUUUUUUUUAAAAAAAUUACCAACACCAUUUUUUUUACGUAAAAGAAGAAAAAAAGGAAAGAUACAGAAAAGGGAAAUAAAGAAGAGCACGCGGGGAAAACAGACAAACUCUACGUGGUUUAUUUUUCCUUACUUUUUAUUGUUAUAACGAUUAUCUUUAUGAAUAUUUACGCGUAUUGGAGAACUCUAUAAGUGGGUCGGAAAGACAAGGGAAAAGGGAUUUUUCUUCUUCCUUUCCUUCUUCUUCAGUCACUUUGUUGGUGUUGUUGCUGGACUGGGAUAUUAAAUAUAGGACACAUCCCGGAGUUUAUUGGAGCGCAGACUGAUGGCGCAAAGGUACGAUGAGCUGCCUCAUUACGGCGGGAUGGACGGAGUAGGGGUACCUGCUUCCAUGUACGGAGACCCACACGCCCCCAGGCCGAUCCCCCCAGUACACCACUUGAACCAUGGGCCGCCACUGCAUGCCAGCCAGCAUUAUGGAGCCCAUGCCCCGCACCCCAAUGUCAUGCCGGCCAGCAUGGGAUCGGCUGUCAAUGACGCCUUGAAGCGGGACAAGGAUGCAAUCUAUGGGCACCCGUUGUUCCCUCUGUUAGCUCUGGUCUUUGAAAAGUGCGAGCUCGCCACCUGCACUCCCCGAGAGCCCGGGGUGGCCGGCGGAGACGUCUGCUCCUCCGACUCGUUCAACGAGGACAUCGCCGUCUUCGCCAAACAGGUUCGGGCAGAAAAACCACUUUUUUCUUCAAACCCAGAAUUGGAUAAUUUGAUGAUACAAGCAAUACAAGUCUUAAGGUUUCACCUUUUGGAAUUAGAAAAGGUUCAUGAGUUGUGUGAUAAUUUCUGCCAUCGGUACAUUAGCUGUUUGAAAGGCAAAAUGCCCAUAGAUCUAGUUAUUGAUGAAAGAGAUGGCAGCUCCAAAUCUGACCAUGAAGAACUCUCAGGAUCAUCCACAAAUUUAGCUGACCAUAAUCCUUCCUCUUGGAGAGAUCAUGAUGAUGCAACGUCAACGCACUCAGCAGGCACACCAGGGCCUUCCAGUGGGGGCCAUGCUUCCCAGAGUGGAGACAACAGCAGUGAGCAAGACUGCCAGCCAAAUGAACACUUUAGGAGGAGGUGUUUAAAUAUGUCUGCAGCACCCAGAGAGUUAAUCCACCCCAUUGUGCAUAGGUGUUGGAGCUCUUAUGGGGAUGGUUUAGACAACAGUGUAGCUUCUCCUGGCACAGGUGAUGAUGAUGAUCCAGACAAGGAUAAAAAGCGUCAAAAGAAAAGAGGAAUUUUUCCCAAAGUAGCAACAAAUAUCAUGAGAGCAUGGCUUUUCCAACAUCUCACACAUCCGUAUCCUUCAGAGGAGCAGAAGAAACAGUUAGCCCAAGACACAGGACUUACAAUUCUACAAGUAAACAACUGGUUUAUUAAUGCCAGAAGAAGAAUAGUACAGCCUAUGAUUGACCAGUCAAAUCGAGCAGGUUUUCUUCUUGAUCCUUCAGUGAGCCAAGGAGCAGCAUAUAGUCCAGAAGGUCAACCCAUGGGAAGCUUUGUAUUGGAUGGUCAGCAACAUAUGGGAAUCCGGCCUGCAGGACCUAUGAGUGGAAUGGGCAUGAAUAUGGGCAUGGAUGGGCAAUGGCACUACAUGUAACCUUUACCUUGUAAACCAAUCACAAAGCAAGGGGGAAGUAAGUAUAGCUGGACAUUUUAUCUUAA